UUCUUCCGCAUUUCGAAAUAAUUUUAAACUUGAUGAUGAAAUUCUCGGACUUAUCGCACCUAUAACACCAACCAUUGAUUCACCGGAUGAACCAAAGCAUUAUUGGAUAAGUCAUGUUAAGAAUGCAGUCGCGUUUUUUAUGGAGGCAGAUGAUAAUGUUCGACGUAUGUUGAAUCAUUUAAGAGAAGAUGUUGAAAACACUCAUAAAGAAGCCCAAAAUUAUCACCA